GGUGUUCCCAAAACAAGAAGGCAAAGAGGGAUCUCUGGAAGCCGUAGAAUUAUUAAUUUUUAAUUUAUUGUCCGGUUAAUGCGACAGAGGCUUGGAUGGCAGCAGUAGCUGUGGUCUGAGGGGCGCUGGGAUUUAACUAACCUGGGCAAUGAUGGAAUAAGCUCCCUUCACGUGAGAGAUCCCCCAGUGCGCCGGCUGCAACCAGCACAUCCUGGACAAGUUCAUCCUCAAGGUGCUGGACCGGCACUGGCACAGCUCCUGCCUCAAGUGCGCCGACUGCCAGAUGCAGCUGGCCGAGCGCUGCUUCUCCCGGGCCGGCAGCGUCUACUGCAAGGAGGAUUUCUUCAAGCGUUUCGGGACCAAAUGCACGGCGUGCCAGCAGGGCAUCCCCCCAACCCAGGUGGUCCGCAAAGCCCAGGACUUCGUGUACCACCUCCACUGCUUCGCCUGCAUCAUCUGCAGCCGGCAGCUGGCCACGGGAGACGAGUUCUACCUGAUGGAGGACGGGCGGCUGGUCUGCAAGGAGGACUACGAGACUGCCAAGCAGAACGAUGACUCGGAGGCGGGGGCAAAGCGGCCCCGGACCACCAUCACGGCCAAGCAGCUGGAAACGCUGAAGAAUGCCUACAAAAACUCCCCCAAGCCCGCCCGACACGUGCGGGAGCAGCUCUCCUCUGAGACGGGACUUGACAUGAGGGUCGUGCAGGUGUGGUUCCAGAACCGGCGCGCCAAGGAGAAGCGGCUGAAGAAGGACGCGGGGCGGCAUCGCUGGGGGCAGUUCUACAAGAGCGUGAAGCGGAGCCGCGGGGGAGGGAAGCUGGAGAAGGAGAGCUCGGCCGAGGACUGCGGCGUCAGCGACAGCGAGCUCAGCUUCCGCGAAGACCAGAUCCUCUCCGAGCUCGGCCACAACAACAGGGUUUACGGCUCCGUGGGGGACGUGGCGGGCGGACAGUUGCUGAACGGCGGCUUCUCCAUGGAGGGCACGGGACAGACGUACCAGGACUUGCGGGACGGCAGCCCCUACGGCCUCCCGCAGUCGCCGUCCUCCAUCUCGUCGCUGCCGGCCCACCCGCCCUUGCUCAACGGGCUGGACUACGCCAUGGACGGCAGCCUGGGGCUGGUGGCCCACGGGGCGCAGGGGGUGAGUCAGACGCUGCGGGCCAUGGCCGGGGGGGGCCCCACCUCCGACAUCUCCACGGGGAGCAGCGUCGGGUACCCAGACUUUCCCACCAGCCCGGCCUCCUGGCUGGACGACAUGGAUCACCCCCCUUUCUAAGCGCUGCUCGCCCCCCGCCCCGGCCCCCGCGCUCCCCCCGGCCCGCAAGCGCAGCACCGAGGGCACCCGCCGGCGGCUGACCUCUGCAGGAUUUCCCGUGGGAAUUGGCCCUGGAGGGCUGGAGGGAGGGGGGCAGCAGUGGCGAUGGCUGGGGUGGCUGCGCUCGGGCGGGGGGCACGGAUGCCUUUGGGUGUAAGCACAAGGGAGGCGGCGGCGCACGGGGCGCUCGGCGCGGACCCGGCCGCGGCGGGGCCGGCGGGAGGGACAGAGGGACAAUCAGGGGUGGCAGAGUCCAUCCCGGCACCCGCGCCAGCCCCGCAACCCCUGCCGAGCACCGCUGCUGUUUUUAAGAGUUAUUUUUCGAUAUGGUGUUGAAAUGCAACUCGGCGCUGCCCGGAGCCUCCGCAGAAGUCUGUAUUAUAGAAGGGUUUAUUUUGUCGGGGCAAGGCCAUUGCUCCGCUGUCCAGGAGCGAUGCUGCCUGCUCCCGGCCUAGUGGCCGUGAUUCAUCCCUGGGCACGCAGGAGCAUCCCUGCUUUGUACCAUGGUCACACAAGGGGAAGGAAUGAAACAAAGCUGCCUCCUGCCCGGGAUGCCCACUGGCCAAGCUGUGCCAUGGCCAGCCGGGAUGCCUGAGGCUGGCACCUGCAGAGCAGCCACUGCAGGGGUGGGUGAGAGAGGUGGGCAAGGUUUACUCUGAGGGCAUUGCAAAAAAAUUCCUCCCAAGUAGGGGAAAGGGAAUUUCAUCAGCUGCGUGGUGGGAAGGGGAGGCGAUUGAGGUGUGAGAUGCUCCUGGUAUGAGUCGCCCUCCUCCUUUAGUGCCAUGGGUACUAAAGGGUGAGUGCAGGCAGCCAGGACGGAUCCCGGUGGCUUUGGCACAUCCCACAAGCCCCUUGGGGUCUGCUCCUGGCCAGGUUCACUCAGCACUAGCCCUUGCUCAAAACUCACAAGUCCCUCUUCCCCAGCACAGCCACACCCCGUACCCUCAGACAUUCAGCCCCGUGGAUAAGAUCCAGCUCCACACUCUCUGCCCAGGGUGCCCAGCUCUGGCCCAGCCCCUCAGGGACCCCUGGCCAUGGGGUCCCUGCCAUCCUCUCUGCCUCUGGGGUGAUACUGAUGAUCCUGCCCUUCAGGGAGGGCUGGGGGUGGAUCCCAUUAGUCGGCUUCUUCCAGAGAUGUGGAAGCAGAGGGAAGAAAAGAAUAAAAAUGAAAAAAAAAAAAGAAAAAAAGAAAAAAAAAGUCAUACGAGAAAGCACAUCACUGGUUUGUCCUUGUCCUUCCUUGCCCCCCCAGCUGGGUGCCUUGGUGCUGCAGGAUCUGCCCCAGCUGCAUCCAUGUGCCUCCCCCCUCCCCAGCCUUGGGUGCUGCUUCGUGCCAAGCUCCCGGCCUUGCCGGCACUGCUGGGGAGGGGGACAGGGGAGAGCUGUGCCUGCUGCUCUCCAUCCCCCUUCGACAAGGCCAAAUGCCUCCUCCCCUCGCUGUGUAAAUUUUGUACAGUUCCAGAAAGUGAGAGUCUUGUUUCCUGGGGGAAUAAAAAGGAAAAAAAAAUAAAACCCACCAAAAUAAUAAUAGUAAUAAUAAUAAAAAUUUUAAAGAAUAAAACCUUAUUUAUUGUCAUGUCUUGGGGAGAAAUGAUGCCCCCAAAUUGCCCCCGGAUUUGGGCCCAGGGCAUUGUUUUUGUACCCUGCCUCUGGUGUGUUGGCAUGAGAUGUGUACAGUCACCCCCUCUGCCGCGAGGGAAAGCGAUGGCAAAUAAACUCGGGAUGCUCUUUA